AUGGUGAGAUCUAAAGAUAUCUCUGGUGAUUAUAGCAACCCAACACCAACAGAAAUCGACGAUCAAUAUCAUUACAAUAAUAACAAUAAUAAUAAUAACAAUAACAAUAAUAAAAUUGGUAAUAUUGGUGAUAGUUAUAAUCAAAGCAAUAAUAGUAAUAAUAAUAAUAAUAAUAAUAGUAAUAUGAAUAAUAGUAAUAUGAAUAAUAGUUAUAUUAAUAAUAAUAAUGAUAAUUCAUAUUUAGAUUUAAUAAAUUUAAUAAAUAAUAAAAAUAAUAAUAAUUAUGAAACUAUUAGAUUAGUUAUAACCAUCAUACCAUGGGUAAACGAGCCACAGGAAAUAUUUAUUAAAAAUCUUAAUAUGGAGAUUGGCGAUAUAGUUGUAUUUUCUAAAGAAAAAGGAAAUGAUAUCAAAAUUAGAAAUUUAACAAAUUAUAGUCUUUAUAAACUUAUUACACAAAGAAAGAAAUUAUUACUAUCAAACGAUCAAACAAUUAAAACUUAUAAUUUAUUGGAUGGUCAAAAGUUAAAUUUAAUCCCAAUCAAUAAUAAAGAAAAUCAAUCACAAGAGCAAUUACCAAGAUGGUUUUAUAAAGUUAUUGUUCCAUCAAAUGAGUUGGAAGGAAUUUUAAGGGAUUUAAACUCGCAUUUAGACCCUGACAGAGAAUUUUUAGAUUCAAAUAAAAAAAAGAAACUCUAUGAUCCAUUUCAUGCACUAUCCUCAAGAAACGCUGUUAAUAUUCACGAUAUUAUUCAAAAUAUUAAAUCAAAUAAACUAUUAACCAUCGAUAGUCCAAAAAGAACAAUUUCGAAUAGUAACAACAGUAAUCAUAGUAGUUAUUCAGAUCCAUCACCUAUUUUUAAUCAAAUGCAUCAUAAUAAUAAUAAUAAUAGUAAUAAUAGUAAUAUAUCAUCACCCAAAUCAGUAUCACCGUCAUCAGCAACUCAAUGGAAUUAUACUAUACCAAGCUCAAUGGAGUCACCAAUACAUAAUCAUAAUUGGUAUCAAGCAAGAAGAGUAUAUGAUGUGGUUUUAAAAAUCGAGUCCGAAUUUCCAUAUGUUUUAGAUAAUAGAACUAUAGAUUCAAGUGUGCAACCUGAGGAUAAAUGGGAGGCUAGGGUUAAUUCAUCUGACGAAACUUUUAUUAAGACCCUCUCAAUGCAAGACAGUAUUGGUUCUGAAUUAUCAAAGCAGGAGUAUAUAGACUUUUCAUUAAGAUUUGAAAACAGAACCUGUUUAUUAUUGGGUAUUGAUUAUAGCUUCAUAGUCUGGAUUGAUCCUAUUCAAACAUUCUUUACCAUAUCAUGUAGCUCCAAUACAACUAUAAGAGAUGCUGUAUAUACAAUUCUUCAAUAUUUAUUCCCAUCAUCUACAAACAACUCCAGUACUACCAAAGAAUUGGAAACCUUUAUGACUAUGGUUCCAUAUUAUGCUUUAUAUUUGCAAGACUCAUCCACAAAUAAGCUAUUAGCAUUACAGCAUAAGCAGCUUUUAAUCAAUUGUAAUUAUAAACCAACGGAUUCAAUAUUUGUAUUUAAAAAGAAAAAGAACCUACUAUCAAAAUCUAGUGACACCCCAGUUAAAAAUAUUGACCUUUCAAAUCAUACUCCACCACAUAUAUUGGACGAAGAUGAAGGCUACAAUUUAACAGUACUUUUCCCAACCAAAUUAACAUAUCGUCAAUUUCAUUUUAUACCCACUAGAACUGUAAAUGAAACUAUUAAAACAAUUUUAGAUUCUGUAACACCACACCCAAUCAAUCCUCAUCAACAACAGCAACAACAACAGCAACAACAAUACCAACCAUUAGCAACAACAUUAUUGGUAUCAUCAUUAUCAUCUACCUUAACAACCUCAUCAACUGUGUCAUCAUUAACAUCAACUGUUGAAUUUGUUUCGGAACAAACCAAUAAUUUAGAUCUUAACAAUACUUUAGAUUUUGAAAACCUAGGCUUUGAAUAUAUACAAGAAAAUAAUAACCCGCAUAGCUAUUCAAAGUCACCUGUAUCAUCACCACCAAAAUUCUAUCCAAACUCUCCAUUAAACACCCAAAAAAAUAAACCACAACAAAAACUAAAGCUAUCAAGCACCGCCAUAUUAAAUAAUAAUACAACAAAUACAAAUAAUAACUAUAUUUUUGAAAAUCAAAAUGAAGCUCAAAAAUAUUGUUUAUAUUUCCAGAAAAAUGGUUCGGGUGUUUGGAUGGAAGGUAAUAGAACAUUAAUAUCAUAUAAUUUACCAAACGAGACUGUCGUCGAAUUUAAACCACAACCAACAAUUUGUAAAAUCUCAUUAAUUGAAGGUAUUCAGCAUACAAUUAAACUUUAUUGCAAAUCACAAAUUUAUACAAUCGUCUAUGGCAAGUUUACAACUAUACCAGAAUUAGAAGAUUUAAUUAGCAGAAAUAUUGAUUCAUUAACAAAGAGGGAAUCAGAUUCAUUUGGGUUAUUUUUAAUUAAAGGAGAAGGAUCACAAAAUAGACGAUUGGAAAUAUGUUUAUCAUCACAUAUUGGUUUUGACGAAAUUACAUUUGACAUAACAUCCAAUGACUAUUUAGAAUUUAAAGAAUCCCACGAGACCAAUAUUGGUAAUGCAGCAGCAUUGGCAUUCGCUUCAAUGAAAGAUCCACCUCUUAUUCCUGGCGAAGUUUUAAUAAUUCGAAAGGAAGGUCAAAGAAUUUUACAAUCUAAUCAACAUAAAAAAGGUAUUUUUAUGUUAACAAACUUCCGUUUAAUUUACCACGCUACAAAUAGAUCAUCAUAUGUAGACCUCACAAAAGAAGACUGUGAUAUUCCAAUUACAACAAUCUUAAAAGUUAGAAAUGGUAAAGAUAACUGCACUAUCGAAAUUCAAUGUAAAAACUUUAAAGUAGUGACACUCCAUUGUUCAGACCCUGUUAUUUGGCACACACUAAAAUCUCAAAUUUUACAAAAUACAGCAAUUACAAAAACCUUUGCAUUUAAGAAUUUUGAAAUUUAUGAUAAAUCAAUUGAUGUAAUUUAUAAUAUUUUUGAAGAAUUUGAAAGAUUAGAAUUUCCUAAAGAUAAAUGGAGAAUUACACAUUGCAACUUUGAUUAUAGUCUAUGUCCUACAUAUCCAUCAAUGUUUAUUGUACCAGCAGAGGUAUCAGAUGAACAAUUAAAAAAAGUAGCACAGUUUAGAGAAAAAGGAAGGGUACCAGCUAUUUGUUGGAUACAUAAGAAUCAUAAUUCAACCAUUACAAGAUGUAGUCAACCAAGAGUUGGUUUGGCGCGUGCAAGAUCAAUGGAAGAUGAAGAAUACUUGAAUAUUAUUACCAAAUCAAAUUCAAACUCAUCCACACUAUACGUUAUGGACUCUAGGCCAAUGGCAAAUGCAAAAGCAAAUACACUAUUAGGCAAAGGUCAUGAAAAUACAAGUCUCUAUCAAAAUAUGGAACUUCAAUUCCUUGGUAUUGGUAAUAUUCAUGUAAUGAGAGAUAGUUAUAAAAAGCUCUAUUUAUUAAUUCAAAAUCCAGAAUCGUCCAAUUGGUUUUCGCAAAUAGAAAAUACCCAAUGGUUGGAGCAUAUUUACCAAUUAAUCAACUCAUCCAAUAUGGUGGUCGAGCUAGUAGAUAAAAAUGGUUCAUCAGUACUUACUCAUUGUUCCGAUGGUUGGGAUCGUACCAGUCAACUUGUAGCUUUAUCUCAAUUAUUACUAGAUCCAUACUAUAGAACCAUUAAAGGUUUCGAAAUUCUUAUCGAAAAGGAAUGGCUAUCAUUUGGCCAUCUCUUUACAACACGUAGCGGUCAUAUCAUUACUGAACAUGGUGAUGAUGAUUUCUCCCCAAUCUUUUUAAUGUUUAUCGAUGCGGUUUGGCAACUUACAUGUCUUUUACCAACAACAUUCCAAUUUAACGAGAAAUUCCUUAUCAAGAUUCUAGACUCUGUUUACGAUUGCCGUUAUAAAACCUUUUUGUUCAAUAAUGAAAGAGAAAGGCUAUCGUAUGUCCAAAAAAGUCAAUCUACUGGUGGUUUAGUAUCUCUUUGGAGUGUUAUUAAUUCCAAUAUCGAACAAUAUGUAAACACAUUUUUCAUCCCAGAUCCAAAACCAAUUUACGAAAACUUUUUUAUUGGUGAUAUACAAUUUUGGUCAAAUUACUACAUGAGAUGGAACGAAAAAUAUAAAUCAAAACCUCAAAUCGAUUUAAAUAUUAUAAAACAAAUAGAAAAAAUAUUAUUAUUACAACAACACCAACAAUAUCAAGAUAAUGAUAUGGUCAAUAAUAACAAAAUUAAUAACAACAAUAAUGAAAUUAACUAUGAAUAA